UUAUCUAUUGUUUAUUUUAUGUUUAUUUAAAUAUGCAACAGACACCUAACAAUGUCUGAAGAAACAACAAUUAAAAUCGAACCAAUCGAUUAUCCUCAAGUCAAACAAGAAUUUGAUGAUUGUCCACAAGUGAAACAAGAAUUUGAUGAUUGCGAUAAUAUUUGUCCGGAAAACGAGCAAAUAUUUUUAAAGUCUGAGAUAAAAAUCGAGGAAGAAACGAUUGAGGAUCAAGAUGCUGCUUCAACUGCAAACACUAACAUAUAUAACGAAGAAAACAGCAAAUCUUUUGAAAGCAUUUUAAGUAGAAGUCAACACGAAAUAAUCCAAAACUUGAAACCCUAUAAAUGUGAGAUAUGCACAAAAACAUUUACAACAAAACAAACAUUAAGUCGUCAUAAAAUCGUUCACACAGGAGAACGCCCUUACGAAUGUCAACUAUGCAAUAAAAGAUUCACAAAGUUAGGUAUAUUAAAAAAGCAUUUAUCAGCGCACAGAGGAGAACGCCCAUAUGAAUGUCAAAUUUGCAAUAAUACAUUCACAACAAAGCAAAAUUUAAAUCGACAUAAAAUGAUUCACACAGGAGAACGCCCUUACGAAUGUGGAAUAUGCAAUAAAACAUGUAGACAGUUAAGUCAUUUGAGAACACAUUUAGCGGUGCACACUCAAGAGCGCCCACAUAAGUGUGCCAUAUGUAAUAAAGGAUACACAACAAAACAAGAAUUGAAACGUCAUAGUUCAUUGUGUAAUAGUUCUCCUGAAUUAGCUCUCGUAAAUGUGUGAUAUGCGAUGAAGAAUUUGUAGUACCAGAGCACGUUUUAAAAUGUUCAAUAAAACAUUGAGUGAACAGUGAUCAUGAAAGCCUUAAAAGAACUCAUAAAAAGAAACAAAAACCCAUGAAAGUGAUACAUGCAACGAGAUUCAAUCAAAAA